AUGGCCACUGCUAAUACUGUCCCUGUUGACUCAAAGUCGGCGAAGAAGCGUAAGGCAAAGGGAGAGACCGCUCCUUCCACAAACGGUACCGCCAGCCCAUCAAUUGAAGGACCCACGACCGAAGCCCAUCCCACUGCCAAUGGCGGCCCUGACAUUCCUGGCGAGAGCUCGUUCAUCAAGGAUCUCCAGAGAAACAUCCGCAACAUCAACAAGAAACUUGCAGCAUCCCACAAAGCUGAUGCAGUCAUAACCGAAAACCCCGAUGUUCCACUCGAUGAUCUGGUUGCCCAGAAGAAGCUCAAUGCGGAUCAAAAGGCACAGAUCCUCAAGAAACCCGGUCUUCAAGCUCAGGUUGCACAAUUGGAAGAACAAUUGCACACCUUCAGAAGUUUCUCUCAUGAGCUUGAGGAGAAGUUUGCAAAAGAGAAGGCUGGACUGACUGAAGCACACGAAGCUGAGAUUGCUCGCGUGAAGAAGGAAGUGUCUCAAGAUGCAGAAGAUAUCAAGACGAAGGCAGUUGAGGAUGGUCUACGAGUCAUUACACAUUUCUUGCAUGCCGCAGCCUCCAAGCGCCAGUCCGAGGAUGUUGAGUCCGAAGAGGCUCGUGCAUUCGAGGGUGCUCUACUGUUGGUCUACCAAGGAAAUGACGCUUCUCUGACAACUUUGAAGAGCCUCAUCUACGGCACAGAAGAGAAGGUGCUCGAUGUCCAGGGAGAGCCUCUUGACUACACAUUUGCCAAGGUCAAACAAACCUCGCUGCAAGGAGCACAAGACCUGGCGGCACAACCGAGCGAAGAAGUUGAUGAAGCCCAAGUCAAUGAUACUGUGCCGACAGGAGAGGGAAUUCAGACCGACAAUACCGUGGCCAAUGCUGGUUUGACCGAGCUUGAGGACACUACCGCUAUCCAGACAAAUGCCAACGAGACCGAGUCCGCCGAGCCUGAGGUUGUGGCUAUCCCGGAGCAGGCUGCCACCGGAGACGAUGCUGCUAAUGCAGCUGCUGAAUCUUCGUGGGAUCCUCAGGCGUCAGCCAUCACUGACACAAGUGCAAACAACGACGAAUGGGUGCAGGUUCCGCGUGAUCCUGCCGAAACCGACACUGGUCUAGCCAACACCCCUGCUGCCAUGCACGGAUCGAGCAACUGGGCUGAGGAAGUCGGUGCUGCUGCUGCGGCAGAAGAGAAGACUGCUGCUGAGAACGACGGCUUCGAGCAAGUGCGUCGUGAACGAGGUGGUCGUGGCCGAGGUGGUCGGGGUGGCCGGGGAGAGCACAGAGGAAGGGGACGAGGUGGGCGCGGCGAUGGUCACCGUGGCGGCCGCGGAGGACAGUCAAGAGGUCGUGGUGGUGGUCCACGAGUCGACAAGAGCUGA